UAUAAAAAAACGCAUAUCAUACUAUACCUGCAUAUGUAUGUUUAUAUUUUUACAGUUGAAACAAAUUAAAUUCAUUUUUUUAUGAAUAUUUACAAUCUACUUUGAAAUAAAUUAAAAAAUAAAAGAAAAUCUAUUCUGUCAAAAAGAAGAAGCGUUAUGAAGUGUAAAAAAAGAUAGGAAGCGAUAGAACAUUAUAAAUGUGCAUAUAGUUCAACCAUAAAAUAAUAAACAAACUAGAUGGAAAUGUACCAAUUGUGCAUCUAAACAGCCGUGUAAACAAUUUCUACGAUGUUCAAAUUAUUUAUUUUCAUUCAAUAACCAAUAGCUUUUUUUCUUCUAAAUAUAUUUAAUAUCAAGUUUUAAGGAGAACAAACGAAAGAUGAAGCUUUUGUACGCACUGCUAUAGAAUUGAAUUAUAAAAUGUGUAUUAACUCAAAUGUACUCUUAGAAGGAUUAGAUUUGUAAAAAGAAUUAAUUUGUAAUUAAGAGGAUUGUUAUUAAUCAAUAUAUAUAUAAUGUGAAAAGAAACAACACAAUUUUUUGAUUGUAAGUUGAUAUCGUAUAACACUUUAUAGGUUAGAAUUAUAAAAUCGAUUAAAAAUUUUCUUUGAAUUAUUAAUUUGAUUUGAAUGACGACUUAAUUUAUAUAUGAAAAGAUGAAGUAUUGCAGAAGAAAAAUGCUAAAAUGUGAAAGGCGAAAAAAUCUAAUACAAAGGAAUACAAAAUUCAGAAUUAAUUUUAUCAAGUGACAUGUUUGUAAACAAAUGAUUUAUUUUGUUCUACAACAAGUCUUAUUUAAUUUCACUUUAUAGAUUGGACUUCUGGGAACAAAUAUAUAAAAAGUUCAUUGCAUCAAUUUUUUACUGUCAACAAGAAUAAUCAUAACGUUGUAUCUAUAAAAAAAGAAGCAGAAUUUCAAGAGAAAAAACAUAACUUUCAAGUCUUAAAGAAUAUGAAACAUUCUGAAAAUUCUAUGAACAAAGAAAAAGAAAAAAUAAAUUAUGAAGAAGCUUCUCCUUCAAAUAUAACAACAAAUCAUAAAUCACAGCCUUUAAAUUCGACGUCAACUAAGAUAAUUAUUAAUCAUCAUGAAGGUGCACAUGUAACAUUGUGUCGUAGAGGUCAAAUUGAUGUUAUAGAAAUGCCAUUGGAACAAACAUAUUUUUACAAGUACUUUCUGGUUUACGAAGAUUUACCAUCAAAAUUUGUAGUAUUACAUGCUUUACACAAUAACACAGCAAAAGAAGUAGCAAAUAAGUUACUAGAUAUAUUAGCAAUUAUUGGAGCUCCUCAAGUUCUACAAAGUGGAAAUGGGCGUAAUUUUGCUGAACAAAUUGUCAAAGAAUUACGUAUUUUAUGGAAAGAUUUUAUCAUAUUACAUGGAAAUGUGUGCAAAUGUGAAGAAGAUAGUAGAGAUUUUAAAAAUUUAUUAAAAUGUUGGUUAAACAAAAAUCCUGGAAAAACAUGGUAUGAAGGUUUGAAAUUUAUACAAAUCUUUCAAAAUUCAACAUAUCGUUGUCAAAAUGGUAAAAUACCAUGUGAUAUAUUAUUUGGACAAAAUAUUCAUCAAGAAUUUCAAAAAUUAAUCAUCGCUAAAAAUACAACAAAUGAUAUGUGGACAGAAGAAGAAUGGAUAAAUGAUACAUUAAAUAAAAAACAAAAUAAUACUAUUACAGUUGAUAAUUUGACUCAUAUUUCUGGAAAUAUAAUUUCACUAAAUACAAGCGAUACAGAUAAAAAUGAUAAUUGCCAUAAUGAAUAUGAUGAUGUCUCGUGUAAUAAUCAUAAAAACAAUCAUGAUGAUUCUUUUCAAUUUCAUAAGAAUUCAAACAACUUUAAAUUUGUUAGUGUUAAAAGUGAAACAUUUUUGGAUAAUUUACAAAUGGAAGAUUCAACAUGUGCAGAGCCAAAUAUUGAAGAACAUAAUUUUCGUAUAAACAACCAAAAUUUAACAUGUAAAAUUUGUCAUAAACAAUACAUGAAAUUGGGACAUUUGAAAAAUCACAUGAAAACUCAUAUUAAGAAACGACAAUUUGAUUGCACAUUGUGCAAUAAAACAUUCCAUAUCUUGAAAUUAUAUGAAAAACAUAUGCAACAGUUUCAUGAGAAUCAUCAACAAAUUAACAGUCAUACAGAUUGCAUAAAAAAUGAUAAUAGUUAUAGUAAAUAUGCUGAUAUAAGUAUUAAUAAAAAAAGAAGUAUGGAAACAGAGGAAAUUCCAAAGAUACAUAAAUCAAUUAUGAAAUCUCAUCAAAGUAGUAAUAUAGUACUGAACCAUACGAAUAAAUGUGUUAGAUCUAUAAAAAAAUCAAAUUCUAUCAAUGGAAGACAAUUUUCUAGGAAAAAAGAAGAAAAUAGAAUAUCAAGAUUGAAUGGAAAUCCAACAUUAGAAUGUUCAUAUUGUAAACAAAAAUUCAGUUUUCCUAGUGUAUUAAAAAGACACAUGCGUUCUCAUACAAAUGAAAGACCUUAUGUUUGUAAAAUAUGUAAUAAAAGUUUUAAACAGUUAGGUCAUCUUAGUCAACAUUCAUUGACACACAAAGAUUACAGAUCUUUUCAAUGUGCAAUAUGUUGCGUUAAAUUUGAAUCUCUGGAUUUGCUUAAAACUCAUUCUCAGUCACAUCAAGGUGAAUCAAUACUAAAGUCAAAAGAAAUUUAUCGUCUUUUCGAAUGUGAUAACUGUAAAAAGGUUUUUACAACAAAAAGUGUGUUAGAACGUCAUAUAUUUACUCAUACGCAUGAGCGUCAAUUUGGAUGUAAAAUAUGUGGUAAACGAUUUAAGCAAGCUGGUCAUGUAAAAUCUCAUAUGUUAGUUCAUACUGGAGAGCGAAAAUUUGAAUGUACUAUAUGUUCAAAAAGAUUUAGUUUAUCAAAUUCGCUAAAAAAACAUAUGUACAUUCAUAAUGGUGAAAAACCAUAUCAAUGUGACGUGUGUGGAGCGAGAUUUCUUGAAAAAAGGAAUCUUAAUGGACAUCUUAUGACCCAUACAAACGAAAGACCAUUUUCUUGCAAAAUAUGUGGCAAACGAUACACGUUAGCAGAUACACUACGUCGGCACGUCAGUGCUGCUCAUGAAGAUGGUCGAACGUAUCAAUGUGAAAUUUGCGCAAAAAUGUUUAAACAGCUUGCACAUUUGUCUGUUCACAAGAAAGUACACAAUGAUGAACGUCCUUUCCAAUGUCAUCUUUGCGAAAAAAAUUUCAAACAUAAAAAUGUUCUGAAAUCUCAUUUAGCAAUUCACGCAAAUAUUCGACCUUUUGAAUGUGACAUUUGCAAAGCAACAUUUGUUAGAAAAACUAAUUUGCAAACACAUAUAGCAUCGGCACAUAUGAAUGAACGUCCCUAUGCUUGUACAAUUUGUGGUAAACGAUUUAAACAAAUAAGUCAUUUAAAUGGUCACGUUGUUGUUCAUAGUAAUUCAAUGCCUUAUCAGUGUGAUUUUUGCGAUCGUCGUUGUAACAGAUUGGAUAAUUUAAAGAAACACAUGCGUCUUCAUACAAAAGAUAAAGAAUAGAUAAAUGAAAAUUACGAAUUCAGAAUUUUUAAUACUAGAUAUCUCAUUAAUUUAUAUUUUAAUUCUGUAAUUGCUUUAUAUAAAUGCUUAUAUAAAAAAUGCUUUAUAUAAAUUGCUUUAUAUUUACAAAAUGUCACGAAUAUAUGAAAUAUAUUUGUAAUUUUAUAUACGAUUAUAAUAAUUCCUUGUGAGGAAAUUAGAAGGAAAUUAUUCAAUUUAAAAAUUUCUUAUGGUACAAAUAUUUGGCACUGUAUGUUAUGUAUGUGUGUAUGUAACAUAAUACGUAAUGUGUACUUGUAACUCUUUACAUUUUAUACCAUAAGUUAGUAAGUUCAUUCAAUUGAAUACCUGCUUUAUCUUUAUUAUUAAUUGAUAUUGAAUUAUAUUAGAUCAAUAAUAUAGAUUUUAAUCAUU